AUGGCGUACCACUUGGAGGAACACUUAUUGAAUAGUCUUUUAAGUAUUGGAGGUUCAGGGUCGACGUACUUGUAUGGGUUUUUCGACAAAGAAUGGAAGGAAGGGAUGAGUCAACAUGAAACCGAGGAACUGGUUGUUAAAGCAGUCUCUCUUGCCAUUGCUAGAGAUGGCGCCAGUGGUGGGAUUGUGCAGAAUGUGACUAUAAACUCUCAAGGGGCGACGAGAAAAUUCUAUUUCGGCGAUUUGCUUCCCUUGUGGCAGGAAGAGCUGGAACCACAGGACUCAUUACUUGAUUUUCUUCAAUCUCAACCAAAACCAAUAUAA